GGGAUGCUUGUGUCUGGGUUAUCAUAGCCAACAGGAAUUCAAGCUGAUAUGAGCGAGGAUCAACAGCUAGUAUCAAGGCAUGUCCGCCUUGCGAACACUCUAAAGCAUGCCUGCCCUCCGCUCCCUCCACCACAGCAGCUUUGGAGAUCCAAACGCUCACCCGCCGCCCACGCCCAAGCAGACGCCCACGGCCGGCGCCUUUCCGAGCCCCAUCUUCGAGACGCCAAAGCCCCCCCAGGGCUCCUUUGCCGACGCCAGCGGCCUGACGCCUCGCUUCGCCGAAGAGUACUCCGUCUUCAACGCCACGCCGGGCAACCUGCGAGGGGCCCAGUUCCCCUUCGCCGACCUCGUGCCCGCCACGCCCUUUGCGACGUCGUAUCUGGGCCACAAGCGCCUGCUGUCCGUCGAGGAGCUGGCCGUCGAGAUUGCCACCCGAGCCAACAUCCCGCCGUCGAACCCCAACCUCCCGCCGCCGCCCGUCGACCCGUCACGACGCCUGCCCUCGUCGCCCGCCGCCCUGAUACUGUCGACAAAGGCCGCCGCGGCCAACUCGGACGCACACCUCGGCCCUGCCUUUUCCUCGUCGCACGCCAAGUCGCCCAAGAAGGUCCGCCGGGGUACAAUUGAAGGCUCCGACGCCGCCCAGCCUCUGUCGCCGCCGCCGUCGGCUCACAAGGGCGGCCCGAAGCUCGCCCCCAAGGUCAACAUGCAAGAUGACCGGGCCUACGGCCACCCGGACUUUGGCGACGGCUUCCAGGGCCACCACGACAUGGCCGCCAUGAUGGGCGGCGCCGACGACAUGUUUGUCUAUCCAAUGUCUGCUCCCCCGAGCACCGCCAACUUCUGGGACCCGGCUAUGGGCAUGGACUUGGAUUUUAGCUCCGCCGGCGCCGCCUUUUUCCAGCCCUCGCAUCGGCACACCGGAUCCUUCGACUGGAACAGCGAUAUUCAGCUCUUUCAAGAUCCCGUCCCGCCUGCGCCGCCGCCGUCGUCGAACCAAGAGAAUGUCCAGCCCAACGCCCCCAAUAUGCAGCACCAGCCCCUCCGAAGGGAGAGGAUGCUGGCGCCCAAGCCGCCCGUCACUGGGCAGUCGGCCGCCCCCGUGACGGGAACGGCCAUGUUCCAAGCGCCGGUGGACGACUCGUUUGGCCUGGUCACGCCGAUGGAGGGCGUAGACCCGGGAUUGAUAUACAGCCGACCCACGACGUCCUCGAUGAAUGCCGACUUCAAUCCGGCCAUGAACGCAGUGUCUGCCAACAUGGUUGCCACUGCGGAAGCCGGUAGCUCUCGCAUAAUGGCACAACCUCGCCGGACGAACAGCCUGAAGGAGACAAAGAGGGGCAAGAUGCCAGACCGUACCUUUACGGCCUCUCCCGUCAAGGCCAUGGGCCGUCCGGAACUGAACCGCAGCGUGAGCGAUAACCGAGGAAAGAAGGCCAAUGGGCGGGGGGCACUGCCGACGUUGGCACCCGCUUCACGGCCCGCGUCGCAGGCUGGGAGUAAUGGCAACAACGCAAACGUCGAUGCCGGAAAGCCGGCGGCGCGGUCGGGGAGGAUGUCGCCUCUCAAGAGUCAACGACGACUGUCAAGCCUAGCGUCAAUUCCCGAGAGUGCUUCCCAGCCACAGCUGCAUCGACCUCGAACGUCGGUGAGGUUUACCAUAGACGCACACGGUCGGGCUCGGGCGGAGACGACGGUGACGAUGGAGGACGCCGGCGGCAUAACUCGCAGUCGAAGCUCUCGGGAGCUGUCAGCCUCGCGAAGAAGUUGGGAGUCGUCCGAUGACGACUCGUCCACGGACGAGGAGCCAAUCAUCAUACCCAGCCGAGCGAAUUCGUGCAACGCAUCGUUUGCACUGCCAGACCCGCGCAAGCCCGUGGGGUCCAUCUUUCACUCUGGCCGGCGGAGCAUCAGCGAUAGGAGCAGGAGUGCUUCGACACCUUCUCUGGUAACGCCCAUCGAUGGGGAUAGCGACCCGGAGACGAUCAUGACUGAUCAUCAAGAAAGAGGAGGUGAUGCGGCGAGUGAGCUGCGUAAAGUGGUGGAAGACCGUCAGAAGCGGUCCCUGCAGAUGGAGAAUGUCCGAUCACAGCAACGCAUUCUCGGCCCAAGCAGCUCCGGGAACUUCAAAGCAAUUUCUCCCCCCAUCAGCAUGGCAGAUUCGAGCUACAGGAUGGAUGGACACCGAAUCCGGUGCGUAUGCAGUAGAAAUGAGGCCGAUGAAGAGAACGGCUACAUGCUUCAGUGCGAGUCAUGCGAGAUGUGGCUGCACGGGAAAUGCGUCAACAUCAGCAGGCGUACCAUGCCCAGCGUGUACAUCUGCGGCUACUGUGCCAAUACGCCCAACGUUGCCGCACGGCGAGCUCAGCAGCAGCAACACAGCGGGCGGGCGAGCAGUGGGGGACACUCGGCGUUGUUCUCUCUACCGAACAAGACGCUCCGGACUCUUCGAUGA